AUGCGAUCUUUUUUGGCGCUGAGUCUGGUGGGCCUCACUGUGACAACAGCAGCAGCAGACCCUUCUACCUGUUCAACGACAGUGUAUAUUACUAGGACCACAGAUGGCAAUACUCCAACGCCCGUUACGGUCGCCAAGGAUGGUACUGGACAAUUUACUGCAAUCGGCGAGGCUGUCUCCUACGCACAGGGCAAAGGAAUCCCUACAGUGACUGUUUUGAGUGGCACUUACCCAGCAUUCACAAUCAAAUCCACUCCGUCGGUCGCAAUCGUUGCCCAAGCCUCAAGCAAAAACGACUUCACCAAAAACCAAGUAACUGUUGCAAGCGACGGUACUGCGCUCACCGUGAACGCGGACGUUGCCGGACUGACGAUUGAAAAUGUCAACUUUUUGAACAGCGGGACAUCAAAGAGCGCAGUAUCGCUUCAAGGCAACAAGAUUGGCUUCUACCAAUGCCAAUUCAUUUCCUCGGGGGGUCCAGCGAUUCGAGGAAAUCAAGCACAGGCGGUCAUUGCCAACAGCUAUAUCGAAGCGCCCACCGAUUUGAUCGACGGGGCAUCCGACAUUUAUAUCUUCAACACAGUUAUAGUCCCAACGACCAGCUCAUCCACCGUGGUUUAUAUCGAAGGAUCCAUGCCCGACGGAGGAGCAACUGUGGUUGUCGAUCGAUCCAAAAUCAUCAGCAAGCCGGGCAACAGUAUCAUCGAUGUCUACCUAGCUGCAGCCAACGAGCCCGGAGCCCAGAUUCUUUACCGUGAUUCAUCCCUCGGCGCCCUCAUCACUCCAACUGGAGUCAAGGUCGACCCAAAGACGCAGAACGGGAACGAGUACGACGAGUACCAGAAUACCGGACCAGGGGCAUACAGUAAUAAUGCAGCUGCUCGGUCGCCCUACGUUACUGAGAUCGGAAGUGGGAAUCUAGAGCCAUUUUCAAUCGGCGCUGUUACAGGCCCAGAUACGAGCUGGAUCGAUCCUGCCAUUCUCGCCGCGAUCGAAAGCGCCGACGUGAGCUCGACCAGUUCGGGCCCGGGUGGUGGUCGCAGCUCUGGAAACGACGGGUCGGGGUCAACUGGAUCUGGAUCAAGCGGAUCUGACAGUGGAGGGACCGGCACAUCGAGCUCCGCCGGCGAUCCAGACUCCAGCGACUCGGGCACUGGAGGCACAAGCUCUGAUAGCUCUGGGUCAGGGUCAGGCUCGGGCUCAGUGGAUCAGGUCCAGGCUCUGGUAGCUCAGGGUCUGGUAGCUCAGGAUCAGGAACCUCUGGCUCUGGCUCAGGUUCUGGCUCAGGGUCUGGCUCAGUUGACUCAGGCUCUGGUAGCUCUGGCUCUGGCUCAGGUUCUGGCUCAGGAGACUCAGGGUCUGGUAGCUCAGGCUCAGGAACCUCUGGUAGCUCUGGCUCUGGUAGCUCUGGCUCUGGUAGCUCUGGCUCUGGUAGCUCUGGCUCUGGUAGCUCUGGCUCUGGUAGCUCUGGCUCUGGUAGCUCUGGCUCAGGAGACUCAGGGUCUGGUAGCUCAGGGUCUGGUAGCUCAGGAUCAGGAACCUCUGGCUCUGGCUCAGGUUCUGGCUCAGGGUCUGGCUCAGGAGACUCAGGGUCUGGUAGCUCAGGCUCAGGAACCUCUGGUAGCUCUGGCUCAGGGUCUGGCUCAGGAGACUCAGGGUCUGGUAGCUCUGGCUCUGGAAGCUCAGGAUCAGGUUCCAGCUCAGGGUCUGGGUCCGGGUCGAAUGGUUUCGGCAACAAUGGAUCAGGUUCAGGCGCUGGCAGCGCAGGUUCAGGGAGCUCAGGAUCUGGACCAGGCUCAGGAAGUUCGAGUUCAGGAAACUCAGGUUCGGACUCAGGUUCUAACCCCUCUGGGUCCGGUGCAGGGCUCCUCGACAAGUAGUGGUGGAUCUGGAGAUGGCUCAACCGGGUCAUCGAGUGGCUCCAACUCAGGUACUGGGGCUGAUGGGAGCUCCGUGAAUGGAGACGGCACUGGUUCUUCCAGCGGCAAUGACGCAGACAGCUCAGCAAACCCGAACGGAAGUGAUCCAGCUCCGGAAUCUAGUGGAGGAAAUGGCUCGGAUCCUUCAACUCCAGGUUCGGUCGUUCUUUCUGGGACUUCAAUAACCACCAUCACUGGGAGUCCUACCACUUCAAUCAUCACCCCUACGAUCACGAUUGAGAUCGCCCCCGACGCUUUGACGGUAGCUUCGACGACAACAGCAGUCAUUGCGGCCACGUCUACAGUCACCGGUGGCCCUGCGACUACGAUCAUUGUGAUUGACAUUGAUAAUUUGUCGAUUGGGGGAACGCAAACCACCACUGUCUAUGUAACAGUCACUCGAACCAUUGCUGAGACAACGAUUACGUCGACCAAAACAAUCACUAAAACCAACGUUCAAGCCCCUCUCAUUGCCGCCUCGGAGCCUGACUUGGCGAUAACAACCAUGAUCGGCAACGGCACUUUCAUACAAACGUUGAUGCCAACGACCGUGCUUGCGACCAUCACAUCAACAAGCACGGAUUUCACCACGACCACUCUCAGCUGUACGCCGAGACAGCAGAAGCGUGGCCUGCUGCCGCCCCGAUCUGUCAGACAGCGUCAAAAUGCUAGCAAUCAUUCGACGAUGACCAAAUACGUGGCGACUUCGACAGUCAGUGUCCCCGGUCCUAUCGAAACCGUCACUCGUCCAGUCACGAAGACGCGUACCGUGGAUGCGAAGACCGCGACGAUGCUCGUCACCACGACGAUGACAUCUGUCGUUUACACAACCGUCCCAGACGGAACAGUCACCAUCACAAGUACAAGAACUGCCGGCCCCUCGGAGAACGUGCGCGCCGCUGAAAAAUCGGCUGCGGAUUUGGCUCCAGGCUCCAUAAAAACCGCUACCCAGACAGUCGAGGUUACUGCUGCUCCGUCGACGUCUACUGCCACAGUGACGGAGAUGGUCACUGUCGACACAGAUUUCUCGACAUCCAUGGUGACUAACGAGAUGGUGACACUGACGAAGACCCCUUCUGUUACAGUCACAUCCCAGCAAACCAUCAAAUCGACCCGACUUGUCUCUGUCGUAUCAACAGUGAUAGUUACGCAAACAGCAGACAAUGCCUCUGUUUGCCCAACUUGA